AUGGCAGCUCUUCAUCCAGCCAGAGUAGAGCCCCUGUCCCUGUAUUGUUGGGAGUCGGAGGCAGAAAGAAACAUCCCCAAGGGACAGGCUGUGCGUCUCACUCACUCUCUGGGGGAGGUGGCUCUUUGUUGGCUUUUCAUUAGAGCUGUGAAGGUCAAAUCAAAUUGUAUUUGUCACAUGCGCCGAAUACAACAGGUGUAGACCUUACAGUGAAAUGCUUACUUGCAAGCCCUUAACCAACAAUGCAGUUUUAAGAAAGAAUAACCCCCCAAAAUCACUAAAAAAUACAAUAUAAAAUAAUACAAAAUAAAAGUAACAAAUAAUUAAAGCGCAGCAGUACAAAUAACAAUACCGAGGCUAUAUAUGGGGGUACCGGUACCGAGUCAAUGUGCGGGGGCACCGGUUAGUUGAGGUAAUUGAGGUAAUAUGUACAUGUAGGUAGAGUAAUUAAAGUGACUCUGCAUAGAUAAUAAACAGAGAGUAGCAGCAGCGUAAAAGGGGGUGGGGGGGGGGGGGGGCAAUGCAAAUAGUCUGGGUAGCCGUUUGAUUAGAUGUUUAGGAGUCUUAUGGCUGGGGGGUAGAAGCUGUUUAGAAGCCUCUUGGACCUAGACUUGGCGCUCCGGUACCACUUGCCGUGCGGUAGCAGAGAGAACAGUCUAUGACUAGGGUGGCUGGAGUCUUUGACAAUGUUUAGGGCCUUCCUCUGACACCGCCUGAUAUAGAGGUCCUGGAUGGCAGGAAGCUUGGCCCCAGUGAUGUACUGGGCCGUACGCACUACCCUAUGUAGUGCCUUGCGGUCAAAGGCCGAGCAGUUGCCAUACCAGGCAGUGAUGCAACCAGUCAGGAUGCUCUCGAUGGUGCAGCUGUAGAACCUUUUGAGGAUCUGAGGACCCAUGCCAAAUAUUUUCAGGCUCCUUAGGGGGAAUAGGUUUUGUUGUGCCAUCUUCACGACUGUCUUGGUGUGCUUGGACCAUGUUAGUUUGUUGGUGAUGUAGACACCAAGGAACUUGAAGCUCUCAACCUGCUCCACUACUGUCCUGUUAAUGAAAAUGGGGGCGUGCUCAGUCCUCUUCUUUUUCCUGUAGUCCACAAUCAUCUCCUUUGUCUUGAUCACGUUGAGGGAGAGGUUGUUGUCCUGGCACCACACGGCCAGGUCUCUGACCUCCUCCAUAUAGGCUGUCUCGUCGUUGUCGUUGAUCAGGCCUACCACUUUUGUGUCAUCUGCAAACUUAAUGAUGGUGUUGGAGUCGUGCCUGGCCAUGCAGAAGGUAAUCUAUACUCUUAGAAAAAAUUGUUAUUCGGCUGUCCCCAUAGGAGAACCCUUUUUGGUUCCAGGCAUAACCCUUUUUGAUUCCAAGUAGAACCCUUUCGGGUUCCAUGUAGAACCCUCUGUGGAAAGGGUUCUACAUUGAACCCAAAAGAGUUCUACCUGGAACCAAAAGGGGUUCUUCAAAGGGUUCUCCUAUGGGGACAGCUGAAGAACCCUUUUAGGUUUUAGAUAACACCUUUUUUUCUAAGAGUGUAGGUGUGAAACAGCAGUUUGUUGUGAAAUAGGAGUUUGUUGUGAUAUAAAUGUGAUGGUGGAAAUUGUAUGGUGGAUAGAGGAGUCGAGUGCACACAAAUCAAGUUAACAAUAUUGAUACUGUUGCAUAUUAAAAUCACAGUCAAAACCAACAUUUUGGAUCGGCCCUUCCUCAAGGAAAGCUGAACUCAAUGGAAACCUAAUGUUAGUUGGGGUUACGGGAGGGGGCAUUUGGGGGGAGUUGGGGUGACAGUAAGAGACAAAGGAAGCUCUGUGUGAUGUCAUGCCAUACAGUUUACCAGGAACCUCUGCAGAGUUCUUACAGGACUGACUAUCAGUCAUCCUCUUUAAUUCAAUUAGGUUCUGACCUCCUCCUGAUCCUGACUGUCUCCUGUUGUGAAAUGUUCUAUUAGCUUUCUACCUAAAAAAAAAAGAAAAAAUCUUCCAUUCUUUACUGCGGGGCUCUGUUGUACUAUAUUGAGUAUCUUUAGUUCUGUGAUGAAGUACUGUGGAUCAGUAGUGAGAGAAGGUCUGUUUUGGUUUGUGACAUGGUACUAAAGCCUAUAAUCCUGUACUAAAUCCGCAUGACUGGUGGAGAGCCAGAACCCCUUGUUUUCUGUUAUCAGACGCCAACAACGGCCUGUUUGAUUGGAUGAGCUGUUUACAUUCUCUGGAGUGGCGAGAGAGACUAACAGAAUGAUGACAGCUGUGUGAUGCUCUGCUUUGUAGAUUUGGGUUUUCCCAGCCACUUACUUACUCAGUCAUUCACACACACUCACACAUAGAUACACGGACACACAGACACAAAACCAAAAGGCAAAUGAAAGUGCUUACAGUCUUAAAUCUUAGUAGAUGUUUGGAGAAUGUUUUCCCAAUAUGCAGCGACACUGUAAACCUAUUUUUCAGGGAACUCAGAAGCCAGAUGUUUAGUAUUGUGACAACUGUGUCAUUUCAUUUUCAUUUGUCACAAUUAAAUCUCAGCUGGUUUGUGAAACCUUCUUGUAUUGGAUAAAUGGAUCUCAGGGAAUCAGAUGUGUUGACUCAAAACAGUGCUGGGCCAACCGGAGAAGUCAUAAAUUGCGCACUGUGCGCGCUGGGACUUAGUCAAUGACAGAGCAAGCUGUCUACUCGCACGCUGUAGGGUUAUGAGAUGCAUUUAUAGUGUGUGUGACAUCUGUCCCCUCUCCCCAGAGGUCCAUUGUCCUGAAUUUAGAACAGUGACAGCAGGUCUUUGAGGAGGACACAGCCAUUUCUCUGCCCUAUUACAGGAACCAGCCUUAUACAGGCACUCUGCAGGGCACCCCCUGUGACCAAGGACCCUACUAGGGUCUUCAGACUGCUACCAUGGACAAGCUGCUGUGGUUACCAAGGUGAAGCAGCCAGAAUGUGUCCUGCGGUGCUAGUGAAGGAAUUCCUGAUGUCCAGGAUUUCUGGGGGCUCUGGUGUAUUGUCUGAGUCAUUAUCAAAGCCACCCCCCACCGUUUCUGCCGUAGCCCACACUCCCAAUACACACCCACACAUACACACACACACCAACCAAAACCUGUGCUUGUAAGCUGUUUCUCAUAUUAAACUACUGUCAGGCCAGUGUAGACUGUUACGUUCCUCAGUGCCUCAUUCCUUUAUUAAAACAUUCAGCUAGUGGAACACUGGCUGUGGGGAAACGGUUGGUGCUGUGAUUUCAAUUAGAUCAUUUAACAAGACAGGACAGCAAUAUCCCUUCCCUUCUGUUUUGUUUACAUAGAGCAACUACAGUACAGUAUAGGGAGCUGAAGUGUAGCGUAGCGUACCAGGGGAAAUGAGGCAUAGUCAUCUAAGCCUGUACGGCGCCCUGUUAGGUGUGGGUUAGAAGAGCUAACCAGCCAUGAUGUGACCCAUCCAAACCCCAAUGUUGUUGGCUCUCCCUGAGCAACUCCACACACUGGGCUUCAGUUCCUUCCGCCACAAUCAUCGUAGAGGGAGAGUUAGCGUAUUGGGCACGUUCUCGCUUGGAAGGAAUGUGUGUGUUUGGAAGCGAAGCUGGCAACUCUAUCCAGAGGGUCGCUCUCGUGUGGCUACACCGAGGACACAGCUCAUUGACUUUGGCUGCUGUGGCCAUGCUCUGCUCUGGGAUUACAGUGAAGGUGUAUAAAAUGGCUACGGGGUCUGACAACAGAAACCCCCAAAGACAACCCAAUAACCCCCAAAACUUGUAGCCUACUGUAGGCUCUCCUCAGAUGUUCCAAAUACUGCAAUUAAUGGAAUGUACCAUCUUGUUUGGCAAUUAGGGGGGCAUUUUAAUAGCACCAUUCUCAAACAUUCGUAUCUUAGAGUUAAAAAGAUUGAAUCCUCCCAGUCCAAUUAAAAUGUAAAGUUGCUAUUUUAAAACUAAACCUUAUAAAAGAGAAAUGGAGAAAAGAAUGCUGCUGACAAUUACAGAGUCACUUUCUGAUGAGAAUUCAAAGAAUGCCUGGAGAUUCACCGAGGUGUAACAACUAUAUGAGUAUGGCUCUAGAGAGUGAUCCUGGCAUCUUUGGUCAUGCAGAAACACUUUAUUUUGUCCCUUGCAGUGUCUAUCUGUCUCCAACAAGAUCACACUGACUGCUGCAUAACUUUUUGUUUCAGUUGGGUUUUCUCUUGAGUUCUCUCUUGGCUUAGGCUCACAGUUUGGGUGUGUGGGGGUCAAAAGUGUCUGCUCCGCUGCGCUGUGGAGUUUUGUCUCUGGAAGACCAUUUUCCCAAGCUCUCGCCUCGCACCAAUCCUCUAGGAGCAGCGAGGGAAUUAUAAAAAUCUGUUCUUGCACAGGCGUGCGGAGCGGGGUUGGGAUCGGGAGCUCUGCAGGGAAUUCUCAGACGGAACCCCAGAAAUGUGGGUGAAAACAGGAAGAGAAGGAGAAUUUGGCAGCGAGCUCAUCUAGGAGAGACUAUGGCUAGGAGGACAAAUCUGAUCCAGAGAAUAAGUGAAUAUGAGUGCAUUACAAUGGGUCCAAUUGGGUCCAUAUACACUGAGGCCUAUUCAAGACUAGCCAUGUCAGUUGCAGUGAGAGGAACCGACAAGAAGGGGUUUAUGUCAGUAGUGUUCAAGUCAUAAAGUAACGCUAAACUUAUUUAAUGGGACAGUUCCUUGUGAAUAAAACGUGUUUUUCCAUCAGCUGUUUGAUCUUGGGUUAAAGUAUUGAAUUGCACAUUUCCUUUGUGGAGCCGGCAGGUUUGGGUGUUCCAAUAACAGAUACAAGCAUUAUCUGAAAUAUAAGGCGUGUUCUCACCCCCUAUCAUUGUGGUUGAGGACAAGGUGAAACCACAUCUAGCUUCAUCAGAUGUGAUGUGGUUGGUGUACUAUUGCGCAAGCGUGUGUUUGUAUGUUUUGCAUAUUUUCUGUUGCUACAUAGUGUAUUCCUCACCCUGUGAAACCUGUAGCCAAUGCUUCAGCUCCACACAGGAGACUCACAGCAGGGGCACUUUCAUAACUUCCAAAGCUGCUUUUAUUUGGCAAGCCUAAUAGUUAAUGGCCUGACUUAAUCUGUCACUGGAUGAUUUAUUGCAGCCAUAUGCACGUUGUACUUUCACUUAUAGUAUGGCUCGAUCUAUGUUGUGCAAGACUUUCUGAUUGAUGUUGUGCAUCUAGAGAAGACCACUCUGAAGAGGGUCUGAUGAAGUGAACACAAGAGCAGGCUUGGAUCAGCUAUGAAGAUUGGAGUUUAUGGUAUUCAUCAGGCUUGGAUGAACUAAUGCAGAGACAGACCAAAGUUGUAGCUUUAUUCAGAAAGCACUGCCGGUUUGGAUCAGCUAAUGUAUGCCACUUGAUUUACAUUUUUGUCAUUUUGCAUACGCGAUUAUCCAGAGCGAUUAGGGUUAAGUGCCUUGCUCAAGGGCACAUUUUUCACCUAGUCGGCUCAGGGAUUUGAACCAGCGACCUUUUGGUUACUAGCUCAACGCUCUUAAUCACUAGGCUACCUGCCGCUCCUAAAGAAAGCUUGGAUCCACUAAGGAAUGCUAGAAUUGCAGACGUAGCCUAUUCAGUAGAGCAAGCUUGGAUCAUUUAAUAACAAGUUGUAGCUAGCUAGCUGUACUCAGUAGAGCAGGCUUCGGGAUUAGCUGGCAUAGGCAGUGGUCAGUGGAGCCAGCAGGGUAAUUGGUAGCAGAUUGGGUUGAGUGAGGGGAAGCACAUGUAGGAGUCUCUUCCUGCAAGGAGAAGGGGAAGACAGGUCUGUAGAGGAGGGGAUGAAGGGAGUAUGGAGGAGUAGUAUGCUGUUGAAAUGUGAUCCAGCGUUCCAGAUGGGUUGAAUGGCGAUCGUUUACUUCUCUGCCUCCUUCACUGCUCACUGAUUUGUCUUCUCCUUAUCUUGUCUUAUUCUUUUGCUCUUCUCUAUUCUGCUGUCUUCUCCCUUGUUCUAUUGCCUUCUCACCUCACUUCUCUUCCAGUCUGCUCUCAAGGUUGCUCUUUCCAUACUUACGGGGUAGAGUUGAGUACAGUCCAACAACUGUCAACCCCCCUUAAAAGUAACCACACCAGUUUCUUAGUGGGAUAUUCUUUUUUUCUGAUUUUCAGACUGUGGUGUCAGUAGCUUAAACCUCUGGUUCUGGAGCCUGGUCGUUUCACUGCUAGGCCUUAAGCACAUCAUUAACCUGCUAGCCGCACCAUUUGCAGCAUCAGUGGGAUGUGGAAUGGGUUGCACUAGGAAGAGAAGGAAAGCCCUUACUAUUAAAAGCUUGCUGCGGUUACCGGUCGGAGAGCUGUGGGGUUUUCAGCCCAUUUACAACCUCCGCUCUGACAGGUGGGUAGGAGUAAGGUCGUUUUCAUAAAGACUGUGGUGCCUCCUUCUGUUUCCGCCCUAGAGUAGAACAGCAGACUUACUGUGGUGAAAGUCAGAGCAGAGCAGAGGAACUGUCAACAGAGGUCUCUGGGUUUUUACAAUGGGACCGACAGAGUAUCUGCCUACACCACAGUGAGGUGGGAUGGAGAGGGCACAGGAAGUAGUACCCUUAACCCACAUCCUGCCAUUCACACUUUCUCUCUGUCUGUAUGUAUAUAAAAAAAACACAAGGGCAAACAAGACAAUAAAUGUUUCUGUCAUGGUGUUUGCCCAGAACAGUAGCUGCUUCUGAAAUGGCAGAGUGGUUAGCCCUAUGGUUAUGGCAUGCACCAUAAUUACUGUAUAUCCUGUGAGGUUUGCAAUUGGGGACCCAUUGUGGUCAUAUUUAAUUCAUUCCUACAGUCCUUUGUGGGGUAGACAGUAGAAUCCCUUGUCUUGGAAGCAACUACUUACAGUUGUAUACAAACCAUACAAUAACAAGAAAUGUUAUACUUGGGCGUGAAAAAGACAUGACAAUACAUGUCAAGGUUAUUUUUAGAUUGGAUUGAUACAAUAAUUGUUUCGGGUAUCCCCUUGAGUUCCUGUCUCAUUCUGUGGCUAACCCAGUUUUGUUUCUGUCUGCUGUCCAUCCUUUCCCAACGGCUAACAAUGGAGGAAGAGGGGCAGGGCGACGGGGCUGAGCAGAGGCACGCCAUGCUAGGGGGAGUCCCGCUGGGCCUGGACAGGACAUGGACAGCCCCUGUGUGUGUGUGUGUGUGUGUGUGUGUGUGUGUGUGUGUGUGUGUGUGUGUGUGUGUGUGUGUGUGUGUGUGUGUGUGUAUCCUCUGGGUUCCCAUGGGUCGCCUGAUAGGGGUGUUUACUACAAUCCAGUGAAGAAAUGCAGGGACAGUUGGAGCUAGGGGGGUGAGAGAGAGAGAGAAUUGCAUUGUUAAUUUGCCCACCCCCUCCAUACAGCCAUCACGUCCACCAGCCUUUCUUCUCCCUCUCCCCCCAUCCCCUCCUCUUUCUCAUGAAUCUCUGUCAGACUGAAGCACGUCAAGUCAGCAGGUGAAAUCCCCAGCACAUAAUUUGAACCAGCACAUUGUUUCAUAUCUGGGUUCCUACAAGAUCCUGCAGCAGGGCUGACAACAAAUUGGCUUCGCAUUACCUCUGGCAUACUCUGGAACACUAGUAGAAGGUCCUUCAGAGUAAAAAUAAAUUCCUCCAUCCCCCCCCCCCCCCAUCAUAUUGCUCUCCAACAGCGAGGGAGAGAGAAAAAAAUUCUGCACAGUUCGCUGUUCCGCAGAGAGCUUGCUAAAUGUGAAGUGGUGCAUUAAAUUGAUUGCAGACGAGGCUUUAGCAUUUGUUAAAACAAACCACACUGUGUGGGGAUAGACACGGCUCUAUACUUAGCCAUACAAAAAGUAAAAUAUAUAUAAUCGUAGCCUCUUGCACUUCACUUCUCUGCCACAGUUUUGAGCAGCUCUCUCCAUCUGCUGCUUUGCUACCUUUCUGAAGGACUGUGGUCCUUCUUUCUCCUUGGGCAUGAAGUAGUAAUUAGAGUCUAACCACUUAUGGUGAAUUAUCAUCCUGGACAGUCACUCUUUGGUGUAGCGUCCAUUCUUGCUAGCUGUGAUAUCUGGGGCCGCCGUGGGCGAUUUAUCCUUUUUAGGUAUGUGGAAAUGACUGAGCGCUCCCCCAUUCUGGAGGCUCCCUGAGAAGAGAGGUGAUGUCAUGGUGUAGGUUGUUCCUGCGGGGCUGGACGUUCAGGAGGAUGAAAUCUUUAUGAGAAGCAGCUGUGAGGAGCAGCUUGCAGGCCUCCAGAGCUCAGAGAGACUAGACCUGCAACACUACUGACAACAGCAAGACUUAUCACUGACAGUACUACUGACAACUUCAAGACAGUACUACUGACAACAGAACUGACUCUGAUAAUACCAGGUCUAAAGCAGAGGAGGCUGGUGGCAGGAGCUAUAGGAAAUCAGGCUCAUUGUAAUGGCUGGAAUGGAAUUCAUGGAAUGGAGUCAAACAUAUGGGGGUUUGAUACUGUUCCAUUUAUUCCAUUCCAGUCUUUACAAUGAGCCCGUCCUCCUAUAGCUCCUGCCACCAGCUUCCUCUGGUCUAAACACUGACAACACCAAUGACUACACAGGACCUCAGCACUGACGUCCAUUCAGGUACCAUAGAUCAUUGUCAUCACCAGGCCUCAUCACAUCAAGUCAUAAAUGCUGAUUCCACACCAAUAAACACAUCACUUAUACUGGUACUGAUUAAAUCAAUGACAAUGACAAGCCCAUGUCUAACUCACCGUGAGGCUAGGAAUGCAGACUCUUAUUUAGUCACAGAUUCCAUGAAAUGCUGGAAUCUGAAGUUGACAGUGGAUUGUUUGUAGCUGCCCUAUUGUUGUGGAAUGUCAUGAUGCCUCCUCUGGGCUAGCUAGUCUGUUAACUUGACCUGUAGCUAGGUUGUGAAUCCUGCUUUGUUAGUGUCCUAUGUAAAGCAGACCAGAGUCCUGUGGGCUCUGUAAAAGGCUUCCAGGGCUGUCAGUGUGUUAGCCAGUCAGGGUGGGGCUGCUAUUGUCCACAGUAUCAGGCUCAGUGGAGUGUUUGUGUGGAUGACAGCAGUUUGUCUACAGGUCUUUGUGGAACAGAGAUUUGUAGCAUCAACGCAGAUGGUCAUAGUCCCCCAUCUCCUCCUUUAACACAUCGUGUUCUCCUCUUUGGUUCCCUCUCUUUUUUACACACAUGCACCAGUGAAUAUAUCACACACUCAUACAACGCUCAAACACCUUAUUUCUUCCACACACACUUGAAUACAUCUUGCACAAGCACACAUACAUGGUAACUGCGAACUCACAUCCCUAUAGUUACAUUCACAUCCCAUCUUCCCUGUCUUACCAUGACACCGUCCCCUUUGCAGUUUCCUACUAGGCUCACUCCUGUGUUGUUUAUGGAACUGUAGCUGUGUCCAGACACCCAGUGACCAGCUAUCUGCUGAUAGGAAUCUCCUGCUGUCCUGUUGGGUUUGUUAUGCAACUGAUGGGCCCUGCUGCUGACCCUCUGGCUAGAGCUCGCUCGCUCUCACUCAUUCAUUCACUCAUACACACACACACACACACACACACACACACACACACACACGUUAUUCUUUGGCCUUCUUGCAGGGCCAGGGGUUUACUGGUGUGUUUUGUUGACAAGGUCUGGGUAUUAUCAGUCAGUCCUAUCUAUCCUCUCUCACACACAUAUCAACAGUCCCAGCCCCUUCUGAACAAUGCUCCUUCCCAUAGUUCCUCUGCCACGGCGUGCAUCGGCUGUCACACCAAUCAGAUGUCAGAGAGCGAAGGUCAGGGGGCUGGGUAGGUAGGGGUCAGCGGGGUCACAUUUCCCGUGAUGUUUUUAUUGGCCGGAGCAGAUGGCUUCCCUCGGCCACAUCAUUGUGGAGGUCGUCAUCUCUCCCUUCCUGGGUCAGGGUUAACAAUGGCUGCCAGGGACAAAGAGGUGGCCAAGGCCCUGUAUGUCUUUCUCUCACUCUCUCUAAUGGAGUUAGUUACCCCAGUAACGGGCUUGGUCCCAAUAAAACUGCCCGGCAGUGCUGUCAGAUUUACAGCUUUACUAGAUACGGAUUCACUGGCUGUCACAUUCAGAGUGAAGGGGGGGUUCAUAUGGAGCUGCCUGCUACUGUAGUGCCAGGCUUGGUGACUCAUUCAGAAACCUGGAGCCUGUAAUGGUCAAAGUCAGUUACACUCAACUCAACAAAGUGUUCCUCAGUUAGAGUUGUGUGACUGAGUCCACGGAACACGUUCAACUGUAGAGAAUGCAGUGUUGCAGUGGGGCAGUUAGCAUUCCAUCACAGAACUCAUAGAACAGCACUUUGUGUUUUCACCCUGGGGCUCCAAGAAAUUAAGGAGAGCUGAAAGCCACAACUAUUUUCACGGUGUAAUGUUAUACUUGUAUAAUUCUUCACAAUAUCCACUUUCCUUCCCUCUUUCUUCUCUCUUUCUCUCCAUUUGCUCUCUCCUUUCCUUCCACCCCCUCUGUGAUGCGCACCCCCCUCUUGCUGACCCAGAAAAUAAAUUAAAUGUAAAACAACACUUUUUCUGAGGCUACAUACAUUUUUCUUAUGUUCCAUCCCCCAGCCCUCGUUCACUGGAUUUCUGUUAAACUUUUGUCCUGUUUGGUUUUAGUAGAGAAAGAAGAGGCAGAGAGCAAAGAGAAGGCAGGGGGGAGGUUGAUGUUUCCCCUCAGACAUGUGAACAGUGCUCAACUCACAGCUGAAAGUCAUUUGGGCCUGCAGGCCGGCAGGCGAGGGCCUGAUGCGAACCCCUCCUCUCUCUCUGGGGGGAUAGCCCAGUAUUUCUCCAACAGACACCAGAGAGAGGGAGAGAAGGAGGAGAAAGGGAUGGAGGAGUAGAGCGAGAGAGAAAAAGAUAGACAGAUUAACCUCUUACCGUAACCAAGUGCAUUUUAUCAGCCAAAAGCAUAAUUUCUCCACAGUGUCAAGUUAUACUUAAACACUUAAGUGGAAAAAACAACAACCCCUGAGCUGUGCAGUUUCAAAACGCCGGACGAACCCACUGGGCCAAUUACACAGUUGACUCUGCCAAGGAAGAGUUCAGCUAGUCAACGACUUUUAUGUAAUUCAGCCAAAUUGGGACAUAUUUUCCUCAAUGACUUGUUCAGCUGCUCUGGGGACAGCAAUGUGUAGAAUAUUGCCCGACUGGGCAGGCAUUCCCUGCGUCCUGAGGGCUGGGGUGAGGGGUUGCAGCAAGGUUAACUAAUGCGUGCUUAUUGGGGGUUGAGGGGGCGUUUGUUGGAGUGGGCAAUGCUCAGGAAAUGUUUAAUGGCCCAUGGAUGCCCUGAAGCCCUCUAGCACAUCUGGUUGAGGUCACACACGGACAUUCCCCCAUCUGCUGGUUCUGGCAACUGCUUUGUCUAGCUAUGUAUAUGUGUGUGACAUGUGAGCGUGUCUGUCCAGCAGUCUGUCUGUCCUUCUAUCUGUCUGGAUGAGUAAACACUAACUGCUAACAGGCAUUUGCCCAGAUGCGUCCCCUGCCAUGUUAACACCUGUGCCAAAUCAUGCCAGGACGCUUGACCAGCGUUUAUGGGCCUGGUCGUUGAGCGCUUGUCUAGGCUGUGUCCCAAAUGGCACCCUAUUCCCUAUGUAGUGCACUACUUUUGAUAAUGUUUUUUAGCGUAAUAAAGUACAGAGGAAAAUAUCAGCUGUGUGCUGGGGAAUGGGAGGGGAGCCACGAUUGAUGGAGGGGUAACACGCUAAACAAAAUGCUUCAGUAGUGCUCUUGAACACGUUCCAGGUCUUUUUGGAGAGGUAGUUAGUCAGUGAAGAGGAUAGAUUGUGUGAUAGGUUGUCAAGUGAAAAACGCUCCUCUCAAGUUGAACUGAAUGCCGCUUCUUCUUUUGUGUUGGAAUGUUGCUGACGUUUUCCUAAUAGGCCUUAAUUGCAUUACGAUAGGCUACAUGGGGGAAUUUGCAGUAUUUUCCAAAGGUUUCCAUCCAUGUGCCACACGGACUCAGAGUCCUCUUUUGUGUUUACUUCUGCGGUUCAACAUAAUUUAAAGCUUCAUUUUCAAAUGUAUCCUCCAAUUACUAAUCAGGUAGGGAUCUACAGUUUGGGGAGAAUCCUCACAACCCGUGAGGUCUGAUCCUCUCUCUGCAGUUUUGGUUUACAGGAGUUUCAUGGCUCACAGAACUCAGAUGGAGGCUUAAAACCACCGGUAUAUAGCAUACCCAUUAGCCUGUCCGACUCUCUCUUAGUAUUUACGUAUGUCUCUGUGUGACAGUCAAACUCUUUGUGUCCGACUCAUUUUACUCCAUGAGGAGAGUAAGUCACCCAGAAAUGAUCUCCUCUAUCUGACAGACCAAUAGCAGUCUAAUUCCCCUACCUGGAUACUUUAGUGUCUGUCUGACUGACUGUCUUUAUCUGUCUUUCUCUCUUUCUAUCCAGGAUGCCAGCUGCUAGCACAAUGACUGGUGGGAGGGCCCUGCUGCUCUGUACCAACACUGACAACCAAUCAGUCAACGGGUAUGUAUUGCAUUACUACUACUACUACUACCUGUAUAUAUUUUACAGUCCACUCCAUGGAACCCCUUAGAAACAGGCAGAGGGCAACAGUGGCAGUCAAACUGUCCCAUGUGGUGCUCCAACAAUGGAGGGCCAGCAGGGUAGAGGUUGCCACAUGGCAGCUGGAUACUGUUACUGGGUACCCUGCUGUCACUAGUGGCGAGUGAAGGCCUAUAAGCUCCCCAAUGGCCAUACUAUGUGGUCUUCUGCUUUGGACUGUAUCUGUGGUAACAUUUUAACCAACAGACCUUCCUGACAUGGCAGUGCAUUCAAAUUCAUGCCUGUGCCGUUGUAGACCCAACUACUGUUCAUGAUCUCUUGUUAGUGUCAUGUCAUUUCUUUCCUUGUCUUGAAUCCCCACCCUUCUUUUUUGGCAUAUAAAGCUAUAGAUUUCACAACUUGAAGAAACAUACCUGAAAAAGUCCAAGCAACAGAGAUCUAUUUUCCCCCCUCAUUAGACUCCUCUUCACCCACUUCAACUCGUUCCCCUUAUCUCCGCCUCUGUCUCCUCAUGCUCUGUUAGCUCAGCUGGCCAGAGAUGGUUGUUGUAACCCCCUUCCGGCCCAAACCGCCCCCCUCCACCCCCACCGUCCUACUCCCCACCCCUCCUUGUCUGUGGGUGAGAUAGAGCUUUCCCAUAGUUUCCUGCUUUUAGCCAAGCUCUCUUUAUGAAACAGGCCUUUCCCUGCCAAGAAGAAGAGAACACUAUUGAUCCCCUGCUGCCUCCCCUCACUCCCCCUGUCUGUUCCUCCUCCACCCCCCUCCACUCUUUCCCUCCCAAUCUCUUUAUCUUUCUCUUUUUCUUGGCUUUGCAGUUAGACCUAGAUAGUUGUUUUUCCCCUCUGUUGCUCCAUGCUUCAUAAACUACAGCCUCAACUGAAGGCAGAGGCAUUUUGUAAACUACUAUUAAAAGCAAGAUAAUUUGCAUGUUUUUCUCCAAUUACUCUUCUAUCUUGCUCAUUGUAAAAUUGUCUAAGGAAGUCGAAGGGAAGUUGUACUGGCCGUUUCUAUUAGGUUUCCCUUGAGAUUGCAUGACUUUUCAUUUUCGUAUAUACAAUAUAGCGAUGUCAUCAGAGGUCGGGUUUCCUGCAUUUGUUUUAAAACCAAAUCAUUUGAUGAACUGGCCUUGAUCCAACAUGGAGUCAGUUAGUGGGUCAGCUUUAGUUUAGAAAAGAUGCAUGUUAGCCCUCUGCCACCUCUCCCCCAGCCUCUCCCCCAGCUGUGUACACUUUCAUCCCCCCAGAAAUAGUUGUGUUGCUUGUAAACUUUGACCUCGAGUUCAAACAGUCACGACCCAGUCAUCGUGCAGAAACACAUAUUUAGUUCUACUAGGGGUUGUUGUUUUACGAGAAUUCCUACUUAUUUACUCCAUAAAAUCAAGAGGCAGUUAUUUUGUAUCUGAAGUGCCUAGACAAUUUUAGCAUUUUUUAACAUACGUACGCAGAGAUAUUAUGUGGAUAUCCAGAAUUAUGAGCUCGAUGAUUACAGUGCUUUGUCUACACCUGUUGUUUUUUCUGGGAUGGGUUUGGCACUGCUAUCUCUAAUCUGUGUGUGUGUGUGUGUGUGUGUGUAUGUGCAGGCUCCAGUGCUGCGGCUUGAAGGUUGGGGAGGCUCCGUCUGCGGUCCCCCAGCGGCCAGACGUGGUGUGUGUGGACAGGGACACCUCCAAGCGGCCCCUCUCCCCCCUGUUCUCCCCUCUGGAUGGGCCAGGUACCACUGACACCAUGCUGGCUUACAAGAGUGCCACCUCGGACCCCCAGACCACCGUGGAGAAUGGACUGGUCAGCUGUAGCAAACUCAACAAGACCCCAGCGGGUCUAAAGACCAGCGCCAGCAUCCGGGACAAGAUCUCCCAAUGGGAGGGGAAAAAGGAGACCCUCCCUACCUCCCCAGUGGUUGGAAGUGGUCCAUGCCUGCUGACCACAGUGCACAAGGAACCAGAGACUGUGAGAAAGAAGGAGAUCUCGGAGGUCAACAGGACGGACAGUAAGAGGUUGGUCAGCUGGGAGAGGCAGGACUCUGGGAAGGAGAAUGUAGGAAAGCUGGGGGAUUUACGGCCAAAGUCACCUGAGGGCCUCACUACCAGGGACAGAGAGGUGAUACUGGAUAGAGGAUCCCUCAGAGGCAGUAGUAAACCCACAGAGACAGCCAAGGAAAAUAAGUCAGUUUUGACUCACAUUAAGAAACUGGAGCAGGCCAUGAAAGAGGGUCCCACCAAUCCCUCCUUGGUGUUGCCUGGGAACUAUUUCUGCCCCCCUUCCAAGGAGGAGCAGGAGGAAGCAGAGAGGAGGGGGAACGAGCCCAUAUUUGGGACACUGGACGUUAUGGGGUCAAGGCCUGUGGGGUCAUCGCGGCAGCAGAGGUCAGGUGACCCUGAGAAUGUGUACACUGAGCCUGGUGCUGCAAGUCCCUCCAUCAACCCCUUACCCAAACCCCAGCGCACCUUCCAGCACCACACCCCUCCCAGCGCCUCAGGACUUGGCCUGGGCAAGGGGAGACGUAACCUGCCUCCUCUGCCCUCCAUCCCCCCGCCUCCCCUACCCACCUGCCCCCCGCCAGGAGUCUGCAGGAGACCCUGGUCAGACAGAACACGAGACAGCAGCAACAGGUAAGAGACGGAGAUCAGACAGAGAUGAAAUGAGACAAUAUGGGAGGAAAUACAGCACCCUCCGAUUCAGAUUCAUUCAUUGCCACACCAAUGAUUGGCAGUAUUGUCUUUCGGUACAGCAAGUUCUUAGUGAUGUUUUACCCUAACUGCAUACUUCAUCCAGUCAUCCAGUCAUCCAGUGUAGCUUCUCAUUCUGCACAUCUGCACUGAAUCAGAGGAGGGGGCGAUGAUGUCAUCCUCCUUCUGCUCAUCACAGCGUUCUAGAGGGUGAGGUCAUUGGUUGGAGCUGUGGAAUGUACACAUGGACCAACAACCUUGCCAAGAGACUCCUGGCAGGAAACAAUAACAUGUUGCAUUGUGUGUUUGUGGUUGAUUGGCCCUUGGAAUAUCAAGGGUUUAUGGUUGAGUAGUUUUAUAGCCCUUACAUAGCAUUGAUUUACUUUCAUUUUCACGGAGGUUAUAAAGAGACACAACGUUCAUCCAAGGCUUCAAAAAGCACAAUACAUGUUUUCAAGUAUACAACAAAAGAACUUAAGAAACACUCAAGUGUUUGCGUGUUUCUAUUUUGAUUUCUUUAGUAGACUGCAUUCUCGUUAGACCAAGUCUGGCUGUGUAACAUUCCAUACCAAAUGUGGAGGUUUCACACAGCUGAGGUCUGUGUUUCCAAUCUCUUUGUGAAGUCAGCCUAACUCUCAGCCCAGCUUGCACUCAACCCUUUGACACGUACCAACAAACGUAUGUGAUCAUUCUACAGUGGUCCCUGCAGGGUACGGUCAAACUGGUGUGAUUAGAACGCUUAUUUAGAAUGUCCAGUUUCGAUUGACGCAACAGUCAGCGUUUGAGCUGUCUACACUGUUCCUUCACAGAAAAUGUUUGCAUAAACACAGUCCUUACAAAGUUAUGCCCUGAAUGUGACCAGUGUAUUUUUGGAUGCAAUGUUCAGACAUUCACAGAAGUAGCGACAGCAUAACACAAUCAUCCAAACUGGAAAAUGUAGGCUACAUUAAUCGUAGCGCUAACUGAGGAAAGAUUGACAUAACACAAGCUGUCAUAUUUAGCUAACUCUCUGCUGACAGAAACCACAAUCUGAAUUAGCUAAUAGCAAUUACUAUUUACAAUUCAUCACAUCACGGGUGAGUUCAAAAUAAUUGAGUAAAACACUUUCUAAAAAUCAAAAGUUAUCAGACGAUGGGUAGUUUGUGCACGCCGCCAUGUUUAUUUUUUCCUGUCAACCAAAGAUAAGAAGAAGAUGAGUUUGGUCUGUUUGCAGUAUGCAUGUUGAAGGGGGUGUGUCUACAAUCAUUCACUUCCGGAAGUUUACUCGAAAGAUGAGUGAACCAUUACUUCACUUCAUUUUGUUAUAACAUCUUUGGUCUGACAGACGUUUACGUGACACUCAGAAUGCAUUGUAUAAUGUCAACAAACAUGGCGCCACACAUAGCUGGUAAAGAGCUUAGCAUUAUAAUCAGAACGAUCUUCAAAAAAGUAUUUUACACACAUAAUAGGUGUCCAUUACAAUCUAUGCAAUCAUUGGAAUGCAUGUUUGUCACCAGUACUUGAAGAUGUGAAUAAAACUGUAAAUACAUUAUGCUCCAUACAGUGGCUUACGAAAGUAUUCACCCCCCUUGGCAUAUUUCCUAUUUUGUUGCCUUACAACCUGAAAUUAAAAUUGUUUUUUUUUUUUUGGGGGGGGGGGUUGUAUCAUUUGAUUUACACAACAUGCCGACCACUUUGAAGAUGCAAAAUAUAUGAAAAACAAAAAGAGAACUUGAGCAUGCAUAAAAAAGAGAACUUGAGCCACCUUUUGCAGCAAUUACAGCUGCAAGUCUCUUGGGGUAUGUCUCUAUAAGCUUGGCACAUCUAGCCACUGGGAUUUUUGACCAUUCUUCAAGGCAAACUUCUCCAGCUCCUUCAAGUUGGAUGGGUUCUGCUGGUGUACAGCAAUCUUUAAAUCAAACCACAUAUUCUCAAUUGGAUUGAGGUCUGGGCUUUGACUAGGCCAUUCCAAGACAUUUAAAUGUUUCCCCUUAAGCCACUCAAGUGUUGCUUUAGCAGUAUGCUUAGGGUCAUUGUCCUGCUGGAAGGUGAACCUCCGUCCCAGUCUCAAAUGUCUGGAAGACUGAAACAGGUUUCCCUCAGGAAUUUCCCUGUAUUUAGCGCCAUCCAUCAUUCCUUCAAUUCUGACCAGUUUCCCAGUCCCUGACGAUUAAAAACAUCCCCACAGCAUGAUGCUGCCACCACCAUGCUUGGAUGGUGUUCUCGGGGUGAUGAGAGGUGUUGGGUUUGCGCCAGACAUAGCGUUUUCCUUGAUGGCCAAAAAGCUCAAUUUUAGUCUCAUCUGACCAGAGUACCUACCAUAUCUAUGGGGAGUCUCCCACAUGCCUUUUGGCGAACACCAAACGUGUUUGCUUAUUUUUUUCUUUAGGCAAUGGCUUUUUGCUGGCCACUCUUCCGUGAAGCCCAGCUCUGUGGAAUGUACGGCUUAAAGUGGUCCUAUGGACAGAUACUCCAAUCUCCGCUGUGGAGCUUUGCAGCUCCUUCAGGGUUAUCUUUGGUCUCUUUGUUGCCUCUCUGAUGAAUGCCCUCCUUGCCUGGUCCAUGAGUUUUGGUGGGCGGCCCUUUCUUGGCAGGUUUGUUGUGGUGCCAUAUUCUUUCCACUUUUUAAUAAUGGAUUUAAUGGUGCUCCGUGGGAUGUUCAAAGUUUCAGAUAUUUUUUUAUAACCCAACCCUGAUAUGUACUUCUCCACAACUUUGUCCCUGACCUGUUUGGAGAGCUCCUUGGUCUUUAUGGUGCCGCUUGCUUGGUGGUGCCCCUUGCUUAGUGGUGUUGCAGACUUUGGGGCCUUUCAGAACAGGUGUGUAUAUAUACUGAGAUCAUGUGACAGAUCAUGUGACACUUAGAUUGCACACAGGUGGACUUUAUUUAACUAAUUAUGUGACUUCUGAAGGUAAUUUGUUGCACCAGAUCUUAUUUAAAGGCUUCAUAGCAAAGGUGGUGAAUACAUAUGCACGCACCACUUUUCCGUUAUUUAUUUUUUAGAGUUAUUUUUUUCAUUUCACUUCACCAAUUUGGACUAUUUUGUGUAUGUCCAUUACAUGAAAUCCAAAUAAAAAUCCAUUUAAAUUACAGGUUGUAAUGCAACCAAAUAGGAAAAACAUCAAGAGGGAUGAAUUAUUUUGCAAGGCACUGUACAUACAUACAUACAUACAUACUGUAUGCUACAGUAGAAACAACAUAGGAAUGCACACAUGUCCAAAGUUAUUAUUUGUAAGGAAUACAACAAUGAAGGCAAUGCGAGCGCCAGCCAGAAAAUGUGCCAGGGGGAAAAAGUUUGUGCAAGACUGCGACUGACGCCGUGCCACAAUAGAAAAGAAACGUGUUUGCAUGACUAAUGCCUAAGCAAAUUAAUUUAUAUGUUUUCUAUCUGUGCUUGGAGUUCAAAACAGUGAAACUAAGCUAUCAGCGUUAUUAAAAGUCUUAUUGAAACAUUCAAUGAAAGUUUUAAGGAAGUUAUUCAAAAACCUCCUUAAUUUAUUUCUUUUAAAUUUAUUUCAAAACAUUUACAACAUUUUAGAGCCUGUUCUCAGAAAGUGUAUUUUAUUACCUUCAAAUAACCUAUAAUUUAUGUUCUCAGAACCUUAAUAAAACCUCCCCAGGAAAACUUUCAGGGAACCAUAGUAAAACGUUAUCAGAACCUCCCUGCAGGCUAAAUGUUCUCAGAAUGUUUCAAAAACCUUCAGUUUUACCGGUCAGGAAACGUAUGGCUUCGUUCCCAGAACUAAUCGGAAACCAAAAACAUAUGUUUCCACAACUUCCAAAGAAGCAAAUGUGCUAGCUGGGAGGCUGUGCCCCACAUGGCACCCUAUUCCCUAUAUAGUGCACUCCUUUUGACCAGAGCCUAUGGGGCACUGGUAAAAAAUAGUGCACUAUAUAGGGAAAAGGGUGCCAUUUUGGACGUAGUCUCAGUCUUUUUUAUAUGAGUUUUACAGAACAAUAGCUCUAUUGGAAGAGAUGCUGUCUGUUUCCCACUGGGCCAGACUGUUUGGCAGCAGUGGCGCACACACAGAGCUGGGCAUUCAGAGCUGGCCAAGAGGAGUAUCUGUCUGUCAGUCUGUCUGCCUACACGCGCGCGCACACACACACACACACACACAGGCACGCAUGCACACACACAUUCACACACACCUUUACCAUCUGGAGGGCUAUAGAGAUAGGUGGUUGUUCUAGACUGAAAUAUAUGUAUUUCUCUGCUUCCUUUACCCAGGUCCCAGAAGUAGAGAGAGAGCAUAUGCAAACAGUUCAUCUUGAAUCUUCACCACCAGCCAAUACUGUCAAGCCAGAUUAUUUGUGUUCCUUACCUUAAAUCCACUACUUCCACUACCAAUAUGUAUCUCCCACCUGGCUGAUCCGUGUGUCUGUCUGUCCUACAGGAAGUCCUAUGAGUUUGAGGAUCUGCUGCAGUCGUCGUCAGAGAGCAGCAGGGUGGACUGGUACGCUCAGUCCCGACUGGGCCUCACACGCACUUUAUCAGAGGAAAAUGUAUAUGAGGAUAUACUAGGUAACGCACCCUCUUCCUGGUCCUAAGUAUAUGUUCCUAACAUGGGCUUGAUGGCUCAGUUGGUUGGAGCUGUGUUGGUUGGUUUGCAACACCAGAAUUUCUGCAUGGACCACAUAUACAGAGUAUGUUCUUAUACUGUACAUUCCUAACACUGUGGAUAGUGGAAGUGUUCUGUAAGGGUUGACUGGUGUAGUGGGCCCUUCUGCUCAGGGACAACUCAAUGCCACAGAGUUCAGGGGCAUGUUCAGUAGGGUACACUGUAGCAAAACUCAGUGGAAAACAAAAAGCUGUUUUCUUAUUGGCAAGUUCAGGUUCUGUUUCACUUCAUUUAAGAAGCAUUUGCUACCUAUUGAACACAACCCAUUUGUUACUAAGGUUAUGUUUUCUUAUGUGCUUUUUCCUCUAGCUUUUUAAUUAAGAAGAGGCAUGGUGCUUCAGAAUUGUUAUUAGUAACAAUGUGGUGCUCUUACCUACGUUUCUACGUUAUUUGUCUACUGUGUUGAACUAACCCCACCUCCAGCCUGUUUAAUAUCAUGUCGGUUUUGUGCGGUCUUUAAAACAUUUUUUGUGAGGUGGUCUGCGGUGGGUGGGGGGGCAUGUUUGAGUGGCUUAGUCCCCUGGUGCAUUUUUGGCAACAUUGUCCAUGUUUCUAUGGUUUUCAUCACUCACACUGUUGUGUUAAUGAGUAUUGGUCGUUACAUGUAGGGUAUAUUCAGGUCAAUGCUAUAGAGCUUAACCAUAACAAUCAAAUUGUGUGUUUUAUUGCAUUUGGGUGCUGCCUAUACUUAGUCUGUAUUUUCUUACAGUGUCUAAGUGUAGCACUUAGAGGGAAUUCUCAGACAUGGUCUACUGAACCCCUGGCCCCCCAGGGGUAAAGUAACUCAUGGCUCACUGUAGGAGCAGCUAUAUGUGCCUAUGGGAGGAAUAGCUAGAGUUGGAGCUAAAGAGAGAGAGAGACAAAGGCAGGACAGCAGACUGUUAUAACUGGGUCUGAGUGUCUUCUCAUGGGGAGGUCUACAGUCUCCACCAUACAAACUCCCCCCAAUGCUAAACACAACCAACUUCAGCCUGCUCUUUCAGAUAGACAAAGCAGCAACUAUCACUAGAAAAAUCUCAAUAGCACAGACUUCGAGUAGCAGGCCUAUAAUGAUAUAGAGAUGUUAGUCACUUGAAACAACCAGUAAAAUGUGAAAACCAGUACUCUAGCUGAUUCCAUGUUUUUCCGAGGAGAGGAGAGGAGAGGAGAGGAGAGGAGAGGAGAGGAGAGGAGAGGAGAGGAGAGGAGAGGAGAGGAGAGGAGGGGAGAGGAGGGGAGGGUAGAGGAACUGGUUGUCCCAGUCCCUGUCUGACGUCCCCCUCCAACAGGUCCAUCUGGUAGAUUAAUCGACGAGGGAGAAGAGACCAGCCCCGGCUCUGGAAAAUGGGCCUCACUGUCCCUGCCUCUCUCUUAUCUGCACACACAGCAAUGGUUAGAGUUACUGGUGCUGUAGUGUAAGCUGCCUGCUCUAGCACAGAUGCAGUUUAUCUUGGUGAAAUAUGAGCUUGGUUGCAAGGAAGCACUGCUGCUGGCAGGUCUGUACAUACACACAUCUGGAGCAAAAAUAUUGGAAACCCAACCAAAACAUACCGUCAAUGAAUUAGAGCACUCGUUUGGGAAGAUUGCCGUCCAAUUAGAAACGUAGGACAUUGUUGCUGAGUGUAAAAUGUAGAAGCCAGUUGCUGUGUGUUUAUGUGGCGGUCUGUUUGUUUCCUCUGCAGACCCUCCGUCAAAGGAGAACCCUUACGAAGAUAUAGAGUUGGAGAGAAGUUGCCCUGGAAACAAGUGCUCUUUACCCAUCUCCUCUCCCUCAUCUCUUGUCCCCGACACACCGACCAAGGUACAUUACAGUAGAAUGAAUUGUCCCUGCUAGUAAUGUGCAUUGUGCUUCAAGUGAAUGUGGUUAUAGUGAUCAACCGCUUAUAGUGACCAGAUUUUGAACUAAUUUAAUCAAAGGCAAUAGAGGCCUACUAUACAAUUUCAGGGAAAGUGGACUAACACACACAUUGAUACACGUCUCGGCCUUCCCCCCUCCCCAUUUUCCUCCUCCUACUCUACUCUGUUUUCCUCCUCCUCCUCUACUCUCUACUCCCUCCAGCUCUCCUCAAAGCCGGGUUUCUUCAGGCAGAACUCAGAACGCCGCAGCUUCAAGCUCCUGGACCUGCGUAAGACCAACCGGGACACUGGCAUCUCCUCGCCCUCCCGCAUCAGCCCCCCCUCCACCCCCAGCAGCCCUGACGACACUCCCAGUCUCUCAGGAGACCCCUACAACCGCAGGCGCAGAAAGAUCCCCAAGGUAAAUGGGGGGCCUACCAGACUCCCACCCUCAGUGAUUUAUAGGCACAGCCUACUGCAUACGUCCCAGUCUAGUGCCAAGGCAUUGCCUGCCUCUCAUGCAGUUGUCUGGGAAUACCUUAGACAGGACAGAGACAGUUAAGAGGAUGUACCUAGACAGGACAGUUAAGAAGAUUUAUUUUGACAAUAUAUUUCCUGUAGAGAGAAUGUCUCCCAAUAAGUGUUGUGUCCAACAACUCUCAGAAUAGUACUGUGUGGUUGCUGCCAGUCUGGCUGUCAGUCUGUUAAUGCCUCUGCCAAUAAUACCGUCGUAAUUGCCUUUUUUGGCAAGGUUAUGACCAAGGAGCUGACUAAUAAAGCAGAAAUAGACUGGCACUCAGGUUAACUAUGUAGUGAAAGGGUGGUUCUGGGAAGUUACGAUGGAGGAUUCUAUUGUUGUGCUACUUCUCCUCCCUACAGAUGGUGCUGAAGAUCAACGGCAUCUUCGAGGUGAGGAGAGGGAAGAAACGCAUGAAGAGGGUGUCUCAGUCUACUGAGUCCAGCUCAGGGAGAGGUGAGGCUGGGGUAGACCUGCCCGGAACACCUGGGGGGGGCUCAAGCUGCUUAAAGACUUACCUCUACCCCCUUACUACCCGACCCCCCCACCCUAUUCUCCAAGCCCCCUACUCUCUACCCCCUUACCCCCUAGGCACUAAUUUCACAGCUGCUUUCACUACACAGUUUGGACUACGCUGCCUCAUAUCUCCAUAAAAGGAACAACACUCCUCCAUAUGUAUCCACUUAGCUUUAUGGGCAUGUUUACAUUUUUGGGUCAGUUGCGUUUGACCCAUUUUUUUAGACGAGGGUUUUGUUGUUGCUUUAUCAAACACAAAUGUGGAAUGAGUUUGUUAUUGUGUAUGAGUACUAUGCCAUAUGUGGAAAUGUUCUGCCUCAAAUGUUCUUUCACAUUAUUUACAAUGUGUUGUUCACGUUCACUCAUUUUUUGUUUCUUUGUUUCUCUUUCAUGCAGUGACAGAUGACAACAGUGAGUCAGAGAGUGACACAGAGGAGAAAUUGAAAGGUGAGGACAUCUCAAGACAAUAUCUGUGUGAGCGUGCAUGCGUGUGUGUACAGAAAUGUAUAGUGCUCUCUCCUUUCUAGAGGGGGCAUGAUUGGAUGAAGUCUGCCGUUCCUUUGGUUUAAGAGUAUUUUGUUGAUGUGUCAGCUCACAGCCAGCGUCUGUCGUCGGUGCAGUCCAUGUUGAGGCAGACGGGGCGGUACCGGACCCUAGAAAGGGACCUGAUGGACCUACACGAGAGAAAGCUGUUUGAAUAUUUCAUAGUGGUGGCCCUUCAGAAGACCAAGGCUGGAGCUCCUUAUCUACCAGAGGUCACUCAGCAGUUACCUCUCAAGGUAGGCAGAGCUGACACCUAGUCCUCAACCAACUGGAAUGUUCACGUGUUCAUCUUAUAAGUGAAAAAAAGUUUUAAAAUGAGUGCACCUACAGUAUGUGUGUAUGCACAUGCAUCUCUGUAGUGUGUGAAGUUCUGUGUGAGUGUGAUGUAACAUCAGACAUAGCAUUGAAGCUAACUUGUUAUUCUCUCUGUGUCAGCUGGAGAGGAGCUUCAAGUUCAUGAGGGAAACAGAAGACCAACUGAAGGUCAUUCCUCAGUUCUGUUUUCCUGACGCUAAAGACUGGGCCCCCGUUGACAACUUCCCCAGGUCAGGCUGCUCACACACACUCACCCCAUAUAGGAGGUGUUGACAAAUUAUGAAUGGGAGGGUAGUGAGCUGCUAAUAGUGUGUUUUAGGUAUUAUUUACAUUUUAGCAGACGCUCUUAUUCAGAGCGACUUACAGUUUAGUGAGUGCAUAAAUUUUUCAUACUGGCCCCCCGUGGGAAUGAAACCCACAACCCUGGCGUUGUAAGCGCCAUGCUCUACCAACUGAGCUACAGGAGGCCUAUUAUGAAACCACCCGUCACUUCUGCUUGACACACAUUACCCAAUAGUACCUAGACCCAGAUCAACCUCACAAGCACUGCUUUGUUUCCAAAAGUGACAGUGUGUUUCUGGUGGGAGUUUUAUGGGUACCGGUUAUUGGAAUGUUAGCUCAAGCAGACCGAAUCUGCGUCCCAAAUGGGAUCCUAAUUCCUAUUUAGUGCACUACCUUUGACCAGGGGCGAAAGGGCUCUGGUCAAAAAUAGUGCACUAUAUAGAGAAUAGGGUGCCAUUUGGGAUGCAGUCAGAGCCCCAUAACACACACCUGCAGGGCAGAGACAUUGAGCUGGCUGACACAGUGCCUGUCAGAAAGCCAGGAUUGGUCAAUGCACACCUGUCAGACAGACUGGAGCUGUCUUUGUGUGGGUUAUGCAGAGUAAGUCUGCCUUGAGGGGAGGACUGAAGAACAAAGUAGGGAAUUAUUGGUUUUACUGACAUCAAGAAACGACCAUGGUGGUUGGAUUUUUCCUUAAACAGGAUAAAUGAGUUGGCAAUGCAGCUAACUAUCCUAGACAUUCUUAAAGUUGAUAAAUAAGAUUACUUUAAAAAGGUGAUGCACAGACACACAGUGACCCAUUUUAAACUUUCUUUCCAAAUCAGGUAAAUAAGAGGUACAUUUUUCAAAGUUGGCUGGCUAAUCUAUUGAGGUUGUUUUGUGAAAUACAGACAGGAGUUUGAGUGCUCUAUUUUCAACACACAACUCACUCAAUUUCUUAACUGUUUUAUUGCUCCAACAUAUGAAUAGUUUCCAACCUGUGUGAAUUAUAUUAUUUUCCAGUGAAACGUUCUCCUUCGUCCUGACUGGUGAGGACGGGAGCAGACGGUUCGGAUACUGUCGCCGUUUACUGGUAGGCUACUAAAAUGGCUACUUUGUUAUUUUCACCUCAUCCACUUUCAUGUGUAUCACCUACCUGAGUGAUGAUAGUGAUUGGAAAUACCUGUAUUGAUUUGAAUUCAAAAUGGAGGGCCCUAUCAUUCACUGCACUGUCCUGCUCUGUGUCUACAGCCCAGUGGUAAAAGCCGGCGGCUGCCAGAAGUCUACUGCAUCGUCAGCCGGCUGGGCUGUUUCGACCUCUUCUCUAAGGUACAGUAUACUAUACACAUAGUGCCUGGAGUUUUUCCUGGUCAGGUCACAUGUUCAGGCCAAACUCCCGGCCUUCAGUUCAGUAUAGCCACCCACAGUGAGAGGAACUGGAGCCCACAUGUACCCACAGAGCCCCACCCUCCCUCUCCCUGUUUGCCACUUUCCCACCGCGGCUUGUUGAGCUGCAGCCCUGGCCCCAGUACACAGAGACACAUGUGAACCCCAGCUGAUAUGGUUACAGCAGUGGAAUACUGGCAUAGGCUCCCUGUAAUGAGCCACUGAUCUAUGUGUGUGAACAUGCAUGUGUCAACAUAUGUGCACGUAGGUUAUGUGAGUGUGCAGUUGCCUGUUCUGCUUACUUAUAUUUGAGUUUAUACUCUAUAUUAUAAACUGGGUGGUUCGAGCCCUGGAUGCUGAUUGGCUGAAAGCCGUGGUAUAUCAGACCAUAUACCAUGGGUAUGACAAAACAUUUAUUUUUACUGCUCUAAUUACGUUGGAUAACUAGUUUAUAAUAGCAAUAAGGCACCUCGGGGGUUUGUGAUAUAUGGCCAAUAUUCCACGGCUACGGGUUGUGUCCUAGCACUCCGCGUUGAGUCGUGCAUAAGAACAGCCCUUUGCCGUGGUAUAUUGGCCAUAUACCACACCCCCUCGGGCCUUAUUGCUUAACCUCUUCAUCACUAGGCACCUGGCUAAAGUACCUGCCUCGUAAAUGCAUGCCCAAAUUGAAUAGAGUAUAUCUCCAAAACGACAAGGGCUAUAAACAUAAUCUUGGUAGCAAAAGAAAGGGAACACAUGUGAGAUGUAUCUUUGAAGUGAAAUCAUUAAUGUGGCUAUUACUUUGUCAGAGUACAUGAAGCUAGAACACAGCAUAAAUUGGGAGGUUUUGAUUCCGCCUGAAAGUAACUUCAGGUUUUAUAGGGAAUGCUUUAUUGGACUUAUGCAGCUGCAGCCCCUAAACACUAUGGGACCAUAGCCCAAUAUCUGUUGAGUACUUAUGUGAAGUUUGAUGCCAAUAAAGUAAAGUAAACCAAAGUUGUAGGGGUUUUAGUUGAAGUAUGUUUAGCCGGAUUACCAAAUGGAGACAUUUGGGUAGAUUUGGGCAUCAUCAGUGCCAUUUGACUUUUAUCAGGUACCAGACAGCAAGUCAUUUAAUUUCACGUCAUUUAGCAGACGCUCUUAUCCAGAGUGACUUACAUGAGCAAUUAGGGUUAAGUGCCUUGCUCAAGGGCACAUCGACAGAUUUUUCACCUAGUUGGCUUGGGGAUUAGAACCAGCGACCUUGCGGUUACUGGCACAACGCUCUUAACCACUAAGCUACCUGUAUAUCACUAUACAGUUGAAGUCGGAAAGUUUACAUACACUUAGGUUGGAGUCAUUAAAACUCGUUUUUCAACCACUCCACAAAUUUCUUGUUAACAAACUAUAGUUUUGUCAAGUCGGUUAGGACAUCUACUUUGUGCAUGACACAAGUAAUUUUUCCAACAAUUGUUUACAGACAGAUUAUUCCACUUGUAAUUCACUGUAUCACAAUUCCAGUGGGUCAGAAAUUGACAUACACUAAGUUGACUGUGCUUUUAAACAGCUUGGAAAAUUCCAGAAAAUGAUGUCAUGGCUUUAGAAGCUUCUGAUAGGCUAAUUGACAUCAUUUUAGUCAAUUGGAGGUGUACCUGUGGAUGUAUUUCAAGGCCUACCUUCAAACUCAGUGCCUCUUUGCUUGACAUAAUUGGAAAAUCUAAAGAAAUCAGCCAAGACCUCAGAAAAAAUGUUCCAAACGCCUGAAGGUACCACGUUCAUCUGUACAAACAAUAGUACGCAAGUAUACACCAUGGGACCACGCAGCCGUCAUACCGCUCAGGAAGGAGACGCAUUCUGUCUCCUAGAGAUGAAUGUACUUUGGUGCGAAAAGUGCAAAUCAAUCCCAGAACAACAGCAAAGGACCUUGUGAAGAUGCUGGAGGAAACAGGUACAAACGUAUCUAUAUCCACAGUGGAACAAGUCCUAUAUCGACAUAACCUGAAAGGCUGCUCAGCAAGGAAGAAGCCACUGCUCCAAAACCGCCAUAAAAAAGCCAGACUACGGUUUGCAACUGCACAUGGGGACAAAGAUCGUACUUUUUGGAGAAAUGUCCUCUGGUCUGAUGAAACAACAAUAGAACUGUUUGGCCAUAAUGACCAUCGUUAUGUUUGGAGGAAAAAGGGGCUGCUUGCAAGCCGAAGAACACCAUCCCAACCGUGAAGCACGGGGGUGGCAGCAUCAUGCUGUUAGGGUGCUUUGCUGCAGGAGGGACUGGUGCACUUCACAAAAUAGAUGGCAUCAUGAGGAAGGAAAAUUAUAUGGAUAUAUUGAAGCAACAUCUCAAGACAUCAGUCAGGAAGUUAAAGCUUGGUCGCAAAUGGGUCUUCCAAAUGGACAAUGACCCCAAGCAUACUUCCAAAGUUGUGGCAAAAUGGCUUAAGGACAACAAAGUAAAUGUAUUGGAGUGGCCAUCACAAAGCCCUGAACUCAAUCCUAUAGAAAAUGUGUGGGCAGAACUGAAAAAGCGUGUGCGAGCAAGGAGGCCUACAAACCUGACUCAGUUACAUCAAUUGCUAACACCUCUGUAACUGUAUAUUUCUUACUAGAGCCUGCCAUAUUUUUAUAAACUUUGCGUUUUCCCUCCGAAAUUCAAGUGCUGUUGUGCGCUCUGCGUAACCGUGCGUAAUGCAGCAAGUCAACUAAUACGAUACAAUGAGGUGCGCACAUGGAUAUUUCAACAACCGGUUGGUCAAUUUUGACAUGUGACCUCUCUAUCGAAAGUUCUGGAUCAGUAGAAUUAGAUUAGCACAAUUACAAGCCACUGGGAUUGCAUUAUAUAUCCAGAAGAUGGUGACAAAACAGUGCCUGUUGUGAUUGAAACAAACUACUGACCUCAUCUUCAAAUACAUUCUUGGCCAUGUAAAACGAUGUAAACUCAUUGAAAUCGACUCGGAAUGAGAGAGAGACACGAGUAUCUUUUCAAGUGGUUUUAUUCGAUCAGACACUACUUUUGGUAACAAAAACAACAAAGGUAAGACGCAGUUUGUUGUUGUGAUAAAAAAAAAAGGAAGUUUGUUAUUGACGUUCUUUUGAUUAAUAGUUUAGUGAGUGUUGAUCAUAGAGGAACAAGGCUACUAUUGUUGGAAUCUGUGAGGUAGCAGCUUUCGAAUGGUUUGUGUAGAUAGGUUGAGAAAAAUACGUUAUCUGUCUACGAAUAUAUGGGCAUGCACGGUUUCAAAAUACAGUACUGGUUUUGCUAUAUGCUUAUAUAUUUGCUUGGAGUCUGAAUAUUUUUUCAUUUGGGCAACAACAGUUUAGCUAGAUUCACAGUUGAGACGCUUCUCGUUCCAGUAGUGUAUAACAUUCAGGUAUUCACACAUGUUUAAAAACUGUACUACGUCAUUGUUUGAGAUUGCGGGAGGAUUACCCCGGAUAUGGGGAACCUCGGGAUGAAGAGGUUAAAUAUGUAGUAGUGCAUUUAUAUCUAUAAGCUUCAGUUUAGUGUACUUUCUAUACCAUAUUUAAUUGUGUAAGUUAAUGUGCUUUAGGUUACUGUAUAGUGUACUUCCAACUCCAUUUUGAAUUGUGAAUGUGCGUGCUGUCUUCCCCCUAGAUUCUGGAUGAGGUAGAAAAGAGGAGGGCCAUCUCUCCAGCCCUGGUGCAGCCCUUCAUGAGGGGCAUCAUGGAGGCUCCGUUCCCCGCCCCGGGGAGAACCAUCACUGUGAAGAACUUCCUGCCUGGCUCAGGCACUGAGGUGAGGGGGAAUAACGUUACAGAGUAGGGUGGCUAGAGUUGAUUCCACCACUGGCCAUAGGAGGCGGCCUUCACUUUACUGAAAACGUAAUUGACUUGAGGUGUUUAUCUAGUAUGUUAUAAACUUUGGAUGUGUGUACAUUGUGCUGUAUGCAAGUGUGUUUUGUGACUUAGCCCUGUGUGUGAUGUGUUGGUUUAUGCGUUAGUAGCCUAUGUGUGUUGUGUGUGUAUCUGCGUCUAUGUAAAUAACUCUCUAUUUCUCUCUCUUUUUCACUCUUCCUCUCUCUCUCUCGCUCUCCCUCUCUCUCCAUCUCUCCCAGGUGAUAGAGUUGUGUCGUCCGUCUGACUCUCGUCUGGAGCAUGUGGACUUUGAAUGCCUGUUCUCCUCUCUGUCGCUGCGUCUGCUCCUCAGAGUCUUCGCCUCUCUGCUGCUGGAGCGCAGGGUCAUCUUCACCGCUGACAAACUCAGGUGGAACACUACUGUGUGCUCUGUGGCCACUAGUGAUGGGGGAAACAAUCUAUACAGUUACUUUGACUCCAAGUAUCGAUUUGUAAUUAUAAUUUUUUAUUUUUUUGCUAGGUAGCGUUAGCUAGCGCAAGUCGGCUGUACCUGCGCCAAAACGCAGCUAUUUUUCAUCCUGUAGCUUGUUCUCCAUCUUAAAAAAAAAAAAAUUGUGAGCAAAGGUCUUUUCAGCACUUGUUUUCCAUGACUGAUCAAAACUAAUUUCCUCUUGUUCUCUCUUGUCUCUCUUCUGCAGACAUAUACAGAGCAAUAUGUUUGGAACAUCAAAACGCAAUAAAAUUGCAGUAUCGAAUCGCAAUACAUAUAGAAUUGUGAGAACCACAAUACAUAUCAUAUCGGCACCUAAGUAUCAUGAUAAUAUCGUAUCGCGUGAGGUCCCUGGCAAUUCCCAGCCCUAGUGGUCACGUCCCAAAACAAGCCCUAGCCUUUUUUCGGCCUAGUCUAGUAACUAGGGGCUAAGGCAAGAGGUUAGAGGUUGUUUAUGGACUGGGUAAUGGGUAUGUGUGUCACUCAGUGUCCUCCUACCCAGCCUCAAUUAAGCCUCACGCUUUCAGCCACCGUUGUCUUACCAGUACAUACUGUCAUCUAUGGAUCAGUACAACUUAGUACUUACUGUAUCUAGCUACCUUUUUGUUAUACUGUAUGAGUAAACCGACUUUAGACCAGUGAGAUCAAAUCAGGUGAGAGGCAGAAGAGAGAGAACAGGACGUGACAAAGACACACCAGACAGACACAGACAGACGGCUCCUGGAAUAGAGACAGAAAGAGAAGAGAGAGUGUUAAGGAAGGAAUGCUGUUGUGUUAUACAGUCGUCUAGGGAACAAUAAUUUCUCUCUGGAAAUAUGUCAUGGAAGCCAGAUACAGGGUUAGUGUAGAAGUGAAAGCGUUAAGACUGCCGUGUGUGCAACUGAUUGAAGCACUAGCAUCCACUAGUCACCUGCUAUUGACGGGUGCCUUGAGAUAGACCCUGGAAAUGCUUUAUAGUCUUUCUUGGAUGUGCAUUUCCCUGUGUGUCACUUAGACGGAGUUUACACAGGCAGCCCAAUUCUGAUAUUUUGCCCAAAUUACUGGCAAAAGAGUUGAUCUGAUUGGUUAAAAGCCUAAUUAGGGGGGAAAUAUCAGAAUUGGGCUACCUGUGUAAACGCAGCAUUAAAUGUUUCUGAAAAUCUUGUGAAUCGUUCCACUGACAUUCUUCUACUGUUGCAUUGAAAUGAGUGGAAACUUGGCCUCACACUCACUGAUUUGUUUUUGACUUAAUUAAAUGAAAACAGACACACACAUUGGAGGCAUUAAGUUAACAGUGUGGGGUUAGAUCAUUCGCUCCCGCAAUAUAUUUAUAGCGUUAAAUCACGCCCCCUAAAAAGAUUCACUAACAAUUCCUCAUACAUUAAAGCCAUGCUUUAAAAAGUGCAAUGUUCAGUUUUAUGUUCUAAAACAAGUAUUGACAAAGGCUGGAGAAACCACUACUACCACCUUGUGGUAGAAUAUGGAACUGGAUUGAAUACAGUACAAAGCAUACUGUGAUUAUAUGACGUGGCUAUGUGUAGGCUGCCACUACGGUCAUAUUUUUGCCCGUAGAAGGUUUUUAAUGAAUGAGAUAACAACUUGUUCGGUUCUGGCAGUUGACAUCCUAUUCUCUCCCUCCCUCUCGCCCCUCUCUCUCUGCAGUACUCUGUCUCAGUGCUGCCAUGCGGUGGUGGCUCUACUCUACCCGUUCACCUGGCAGCACACCUACAUCCCCGUGCUGCCCCCUUCCAUGCUGGACAUAGUGUGUACCCCUACCCCCUUCAUCGUGGGCCUGCUAUCCAGCUCCCUGCCCAGCCUCAAAGAGCUGCCCAUCGAGGAGGUGAGACCAGGCCCUUGAGCCCAGCCCACUGUGUGUGUGUGCGUGCGUGCGUGCGAACCUUGACCUCAUCUCUUUCCUCAACAAACAAUGGUCUCUGUGGGUCUACUCUGAGAAAGAGCUUAGGCUGCCACACUGUCCAGAAAUGACAUCCCCGCCCUCUGCUCUCUCCUCAGGUCCUGGUGGUUGACCUCGGCAACAGCCGCUUCCUCAGACAGGUAUACAUCCCUAACAAUGGUACCCAUAGCAACAGACAAUCAACAUACUGUAUGUCUCUUACAUAAUUAGCUACACCCAUAGAUGCAGCUACAGCUCUCUGCUCAUGGGACACAGUCGUCAUUUCCUCUCACACCUCAAUCUUUCCUCUCCAGCUGGAUGACGAGGACUCCAUCCUGCCUCACAAGUUGCAGGCUGCUCUGGAAUAUGUUCUGGACAAGAGGAAGGAACUGGCCAGUGAGAUGCCCACCAGUGAGUCAGUGCUACUAUAUGAACACCUCUCGCAGCAGAGUCUUGUUGUGACUGAUACAGGCUUGACGAAGGUCUAUGAUGACUAUUGAUAUAUGUUAAUUACCGUAUGCAUACUCAUGACCUCUAUGUUGAAACUCUCUCUCUCUCCAGACUCAAGCUCCCUCAGCACUAUGGUGUCGGAGACAUUUGUACGUUUCUUCGUGGAGAUGGUGGGCCACUACCCUCUCUUCAUGGGCGGGGGGGAUCGAGAGGACGAGUCUGGAGCCCCCUCCUCCCCCACCCCAUCCUGCUUUCAGCGUGAGGCCUUCCGCAAGGCCGUCACUUCCAAGAGUCUGAAGAGGUUCCUGGAGGUCUUCAUGGAGACCCAGAUGUUCGCUGGGUUCGUGGCAGAGAGGGAGCAGCGCAGGCAGGGUCUAAGAGGUGUGGAGAGAGGUAGUAGAGGGUUUGAAUUCUGUUAGUACCUGGUUGUGGGCACUCCCAUAAGAUACGUCUGCUUUUGGAGUCUGUAUGCCUGUCUGAAAUGCAUAACUAAUAGUUUUAUGUGUGUGUUCUCAUCAUUCUACCUUGUUGUUGUCUGUCCAGGUUUGUUUGAGGUGAGGUCACAAGAUUACCUGGACUCUCUCCCAGGUAGCGAACAACGUGGGGUCAACAAGUUCCUCAAGGGUCUAGGUAAGGCCCAGAUCCUCUCCCAUACAGUGCCUUGCAAAAGUAUUCAUCCCCCUUGGCGUUUUUCCUAUUUGGUUGCAUUACAACCUGUAAUUUAAAUUGAUUUUUAUUUGGAUUUCAUGUAAUGGACAUACACAAAAUAGGCAAAAUUGGGGAAGUAAAAUUUUAAAAAAUAACUUGUUUCAAUUAAUUCUAAAAAAAUAAAUAACGGAAAAGUGGUGCGUGCAUAUACAGUGAGGGGAAAAAAGUAUUUGAUCCCCUGCUGAUUUUGUACGUUUGCCCACUGACAAAGACAUGAUCAGUCUAUAAUUUUAAUAGGUAGGUUUAUUUGAACAGUGAGAGACAGAAUAACAACAAAAAAAUCCAGAAAAUGCAUGUCAAAAAUGUUAUAAAUUGAAAACGCUAUGUCUGGCGCAAACCCAACACCUCUCAUCACCCCGAGAACACCAUCCCCACAGUGAAGCAUGGUGGUGGCAGCAUCAUGCUGUGGGGAUGUUUUUCAUCGGCAGGGACUGGGAAACUGGUCAGAAUUGAAGGAAUGAUGGAUGGCGCUAAAUACAGGGAAAUUCUUGAGGGAAACAUGUUUGUCUUCCAGAGAUUUGAGACUGGGACGGAGGUUCACCUUCCAGCAGGACAAUGACCCUAAGCAUACUGCAAAAGCAACACUCUAGUGGCUUAAGGGGAACAUUUAAAUGUCUUGGAAUGGUCUAGUCAAAGCCCAGACAUCAAUCCAAUUGAGAAUCUGUGGUAUGACUUAAAGAUUGCUGUACACCAGCGGAACCCAUCCAACUUGAAGGAGCUGGAGUCGUUUUGUCUUGAAGAAUGGGCAAAAAUCCCAGUGGCUAGAUGUGCCAAGCUUAUAGAGACACAUCCCAAGAGACUUGCAGCUAUAAUUGCUGCAAAAGGUGGCUCUACAAAGUAUUGACUUUGGGGGGGUGAAUAGUUAUGCACGCUCAAGUUUUCAGUUUUUUUGUCUUAUUUCUUGUUUUUUCACAAUAAAAAUAUAUUUUACAUCUUCAAAGUGGUCGGCAUGUUGUGUAAAUCAAACUAUACAAACCCCCAUAAAAUCCAUUUUAAUUCCAGGUUGUAAGGCAACAAAAUAGGAAAAAUGCCAAGGGGGUGAAUACUUUCGCAAGCCACUGUACACCCUAUCCACUCUAAUACCUACAUGCAUCAUAUACCAAGUCACUGAAUAAUAGUUGUUACAUUCGUGAAACUACAUUCCUCUUCAAUGUAUGAAAAGGUUGUCACUCACGCCAAAGUUAUUUUGAUCUGGUUCUGUUGGCUGUUUUUAUUUUCAGGAAAUAAGAUGAAAUUCCUGUCCAAGAAAUGA